GCGAACGCCCACCAACUUCUGAAUGUGAUCCUCUCUGUCGGCCAUCUUCCCACCAGCGCAUCCACUAUGACACUCCCGGCGAAGGAGAUGCAUUCGUAUAUUGCGCGUCUCGAGACAUUCCAGCAAUUACACCACCUCAGCAAGCGACGCGCCAGCUCACAGUCGAAGAAGAAGAAUGCGAACACUGUGCAAUGGCCGCACGAGCACCCAGAUCCGAACUAUCUCGCCAAAGCUGGGUUCUUCUACCGACCGGCGGCCGACUCCACGGAUAAUGUCCAGUGUUUUCUAUGUACAGUAAAGCUUGACGGCUGGGAACCGAACGACGACCCGAUUAAAGAGCAUCUUGCGCACUCGAAAGGAUGCGCCUGGGCGACAGCAUGGAGCGUGACACGAAACGAUGAUGACGAACCCGAGAUGCGAGACCCAAUGUGCGACGAAUUACUCGCGGCGCGGACAGCUACCUUUAGCACCGGCGACGGAUGGACACAUGAAGGCAAGAAAGGAUGGAAGUGCAAGGCGAGCCGCAUGGUUGAAGCGGGAUGGUGCUGGGAUCCUGCUGCUGAGGGCGAAGAUGGCGAUGGCGUGACCUGCUUCUACUGCAACUUGAGCUUGGAUGGCUGGGAGCCGAAGGACGAUCCUUUUACGGAACACAAGCGCCGCGCACCAGAAUGCCGAUACUUCGAGCUCUUGGAGCACUACCAUGGCGCAGAUGCAGCAAAUGGGAAGAUGAAGAAGAGCAAGGCGAAGGCGAAGACGACACGUACCAGCACUGCCAGUAAGGCCAGUAGGAUGAGCUCACAAAGUGCUGUAAGUGUCAUGAGCGGGCUGAGCGACUUCCCUAGCAUUCCGGGCGGCUUCGACAUUCCUGGCGAAGAGAGCUUGGCCGGUGCCGAUGAUAGUAUCAUGACUACCGCGACCAACGCUUCGUCGGCGAGUACUACGAAGGGCAAGAAGAAGAUCACUAGGACGAAAGCUGCAGCCAAAGGCACCAAGGGCAGGAAGAGGGCAGUGAUCGAGGAAGAGGAGGCCGAAGUGCAAGACCCAGCAUUACAACCGAGUCAGGAGGACGAAAUACCAGUGCUGCCAGCGAGACCAACGAGAGGCACCCAAGCAUCAAAGCAGGUUGACUCUUCGGUUGUCGAAACCAGCCACAUCGACGUGGCACCUACGAAGAAAGCCACAAGAGGACGCAAAGCGAAAGCACAACCUGAGCCCGAACCAGAGCCCGAACCUCAGUCGGAGCCAGAGGCUGCUCCUGAAACCCCAGACGCAAUCGCGAUAGCACAUCAGCGGCUCAGCGAUGUCUCAAAUCAACUACAGGAAGAGCUCGACAACUCUGUCACCGAUGGCCCAUUGGACACAUCGACCCCCAGGAUAGAGUCGGCCAAGGAAAAACGCGGUGUGAAGAGAACGUCUAAUGGCAUGCGAAAAGAGCAGCAGAUCGAGUCGAGUGUGGUCGAGGUAGAAGUGCCAAUAAUGCCCGAGGCCAAGGCAAAGACGAAGGGCAAGCGAGGCCGCCCGAAGAAGACCUCAAAUGCAUCUACAGAUGCAGACACCGAUACCGCGCAGACAUCAGAACCUGUCGUGGCGCCUGAAGAUCCAAUAGAACUGGACCCGCAGGAAGCUGCGCAAGCCCGACUUGAUGCCGAUGGUGCAGAAGCCAAGGCCUCUGAGCCAGCCGCGAAGAAGGGUAAAGGCAGACCCAAAGGCAAGAAGAAUUCAACAGCACGCUCAUCGCGAUCGUCAAAGACAGCCUCAGCGUCUGCGGAACCCCAACCAGAAGCCGAAGUCGAAGAGCCUGAGGACCUCGAAAGAGACGAAAUAGAGAUCGAGAAGGAGCUGGAGCGUAUCGCAGCUGAACAGGCAUCGCAGGAAGCAAUAGCUGCCGAGCAAGAGCAGGCAGAAGAGUUCGAGCCGUCACCCUCGUCAGGUCGUGUUAGCAAGGACAGCACGGAACUACAACAGCUUCGAGACGAAGUACAUGCUGAGGAUGCGAACAUUGCACAUAAGGACUUCGCAUCCCCUCCGCCUCGUCACUCACUGCGACCAAAUACACCGGGCCAAUUUCCCAGUCCAAGCGGCAGCGACAAGGAGAAUGUGCCGUCCUCGAUCGUCCAGCCGUCCGCAAAACAGCCUCAGCCGACUAUCAUCCUAAGCCCGACCAAGACGACACGCAUCCCACUGGCAGCGAGUACACCAAAUCGCUCGCCUGCGAAGAUGCUCCUGAGCCCAAGCAAGCAAGUCUCGCACCUCAGCUCAAGCGUGCCUUGGAUCGCAGCAGAUCUGGAGACAGUCUUAGUCCCGUCACCACAAGCGUCACCAGGCAAAUUGUCAUCUCAGCUCGCUGCUGCGGCAGGAGGACUGACCAGCCCGGAGAAGAAGAUGAGCGUCGAGCAGUGGGUGCGACAUCGAGCACAGCAGGGAGAGGAGGAGCUCCGAAAGCGAUGUGAGCAGAUGGUGGCCACUUUUGAGAAGGAGGGCAUGAGAGCAGUGCAGAGCUUGAACGGCAUCAAUGUUGUCGCUUGA